CUCAAAGUCGAUUAUUCGAUUAAUCCAAAGUCGACUUACAUAUCCCUACGUGAAAAAAUCUUUAUUCGUCACCUAAACAAUUUCAAUUCAUUCAAUUCAUAAAAUUUGUAGAAAAGCAGAGUAAAAUACCAGCCUAAAGAUGACUGACUCCAAAUACUUUUCUACCACCAAGAAAGGUGAAAUUUUUGAAUUGAAAUCAGAAUUGAAUAAUGACAAAAAGGAGAAGAAAAAGGAGGCUGUCAAGAAGGUCAUUGCCAGUAUGACUGUUGGCAAAGAUGUCUCAGUUUUGUUCCCUGAUGUUGUAAACUGCAUGCAAACUGAUAACUUGGAACUCAAAAAAUUGGUUUAUUUGUAUCUCAUGAAUUAUGCCAAGUCGCAACCAGAUGCCGCUAUUAUGGCUGUCAAUACAUUUGUUAAGGAUUGUGAAGAUUCAAAUCCUUUGAUUCGAGCUUUGGCAGUGCGUACAAUGGGCUGUAUACGUGUAGACAAAAUAACCGAAUAUCUUUGUGAACCUUUGCGUAAAUGUUUAAAAGAUGAAGAUCCUUAUGUACGCAAGACCGCUGCCGUGUGCGUAGCCAAACUGUAUGAUAUUUCCGCAUCCAUGGUAGAAGAUCAAGGUUUUCUAGAUCAGUUGAAGGAUUUGCUGUCCGAUUCUAAUCCCAUGGUUGUUGCAAAUGCAGUGGCUGCCUUGAGUGAAAUUAACGAAUCGAGUCAAUCGGGACAACCUUUGGUGGAAAUGAAUUCAGCCACGAUCAACAAAUUGCUCACCGCCUUGAAUGAGUGCACCGAAUGGGGCCAGGUAUUUAUUUUGGAUUCCUUGGCCAACUAUAGUCCCAAAGAUGAACGUGAGGCCCAAUCCAUUUGUGAACGUAUAACACCGCGAUUGGCCCAUGCCAAUGCCGCCGUAGUGUUGAGCGCUGUUAAAGUGUUGAUGAAAUUGUUAGAAAUGCUCUCAAAUGAUGGAGAUUUUUGUGCCACCUUGACCAAGAAACUGGCACCCCCAUUGGUUACUCUGCUCUCCUCGGAACCAGAGGUACAAUAUGUUGCCUUGCGUAACAUCAACUUGAUUGUACAAAAACGUCCUGACAUCUUGAAACAUGAAAUGAAAGUUUUCUUUGUGAAAUACAAUGAUCCGAUCUAUGUGAAAUUGGAGAAGUUGGAUAUUAUGAUCCGUCUGGCCAAUCAAAGCAAUAUUGCCCAAGUUUUGAGUGAGCUCAAGGAGUACGCCACCGAAGUUGAUGUGGACUUUGUAAGGAAGGCUGUCAGAGCUAUUGGUCGGUGUGCCAUUAAGGUUGAAGCCUCGGCUGAACGUUGCGUCUCCACCCUGUUGGAGCUUAUUCAAACCAAAGUCAACUAUGUGGUGCAAGAGGCCAUUGUGGUCAUCAAGGAUAUUUUCCGUAAAUAUCCCAACAAAUACGAAAGUAUUAUUAGUACUUUGUGUGAAAAUCUCGACACUCUGGACGAACCUGAGGCCAGAGCCUCCAUGGUUUGGAUUAUUGGUGAAUAUGCUGAACGUAUUGAUAACGCCGAUGAGUUGCUGGAUAGUUUCUUGGAGGGAUUCCAAGAUGAAAAUGCCCAAGUCCAAUUGCAAUUGUUGACGGCCGUGGUGAAAUUGUUUUUAAAACGCCCCUCAGAUACCCAAGAAUUGGUACAACACGUAUUGUCAUUGGCCACUCAAGAUUCUGAUAAUCCUGACUUACGUGAUCGCGGCUUUAUUUACUGGCGUCUGCUGUCCACAGAUCCCGCUGCCGCCAAGGAAGUCGUCUUGGCUGAUAAACCAUUGAUUUCGGAAGAAACAGAUUUGCUGGAACCAACCUUGUUGGAUGAACUCAUAUGUCAUAUUAGUUCUCUGGCUAGUGUUUAUCACAAACCACCCACAGCCUUUGUUGAGGGCCGUGGGGCGGGUGUGCGAAAAUCUUUGCCCAAUCGUGCUGCAGCUAGCGGUGAAGCUGGUGAGGCCGGUGGUUCCGGCGCUGGCGGUGAAGCUAUGGUUAUUCCCAAUCAAGAAUCACUUAUCGGCGAUCUAUUGUCCAUGGACAUUAAUGCACCAUCAAUGCCAGCAGCUGCACCCACAAGUAUUGAUUUGUUGGGUGGUGGUUUAGAUAUUUUGCUCGGUGGUCCCCCUGCUGAAACUGCCUCCGCUGGAGCAAGCAGUCUUUUAGGUGACAUAUUUGGUUUGGGUGGUACCGCAUUGAAUGUGGGCUUACAAAUUCCCAAAAUUGUGUGGCUACCUGCAGAAAAAGGUAAAGGUUUGGAAAUCCAGGGCUCAUUUUCUCGACGCAAUGGCGAAAUAUUUAUGGACAUGAAAUUCACCAACAAAGCCAUGCAGCCAAUGAGCGGCUUUGCCAUACAAUUGAACAAGAACAGUUUUGGUUUGGUACCCGCCCAACCUCUGCAAGUUGCCCCCUUACCUCCCAACCAAUCGACAGAAGUGAGUUUGAAUUUGGGCACACAGGGUCCAGUACAGCGCAUGGAACCACUAAACAAUUUACAAGUUGCUGUUAAGAACAACAUCGAUAUUUUCUACUUCGCCUGCUUGAUUCAUGGAAAUGUAUUGUUUGCUGAAGAUGGCCAACUGGAUAAGCGGGUGUUCUUGAAUACCUGGAAAGAAAUACCAGCUGCCAAUGAAGUUCAAUAUUCGUUGAGUGGUGUCAUUGGCACAACAGAUGGCAUUGCCUCCAAGAUGACCACCAAUAAUGUCUUUACGAUUGCCAAACGUAAUGUCGAAGGCCAAGAUAUGCUCUAUCAGUCUCUGAAACUCACCAACAAUAUUUGGGUCUUGCUAGAAUUGAAAUUACAACCAGGAAAUCCUGAUGCUACUCUCAGUCUAAAAUCACGUUCCGUGGAGGUGGCUCCAAUGAUAUUUGCUGCCUACGAAGCUAUUAUACGUUCGCCUUAAGUAAUUUAAAAGAAAAAAGUUAUCCAUAGCGAAUAAUACGGAAAGCUCCAAUACAGUUUGAUUAAGUUUGUAAACAACACAAGCACUCCCCAAUUGACUAUUCCUCCCUUAAGCACAACAGUAAGCUUUAAAAAGUAUUUGGUUUUACAUUGUCUAUCCUGGUUAAAAAAAAAAACAAAAUUCAUUGUAUUACUUUAUUUUCAAAGAAAAUAUUUUAAAAUUAUCAUUAUUUUUAUUUAACUUUAUUUAAUCCUAGAAAAGAACACAUUCCUCUUUUGCAGUUCAAGUGGGCGCCACAAACGAUGCAAUAAAAAAUAUAUAAUCCAACUAAGUAUUUGUUCCAAUUUAGAGAUUUUCAAAUACAUAAUAAUCACCAAAAAAAUGAGAUACAUUCUUAACGUAAGCGCAACUAGAUGUUUGUGUUAACCUACUCCAAUAAGAAAAUGUUAUUCAAACUUACAUAUAUAAAUAUGCAUAAUUAUAAAUAAAUAUUUAAUCAAAAGUUAA